CAUGCAAAAAACAUCCGUGAAUAUUUUCUUCAACAAACAAAAAAAUCUUGUCUACGAGACUUGUUUACUAUUGACCUCGAAACUUAGGCCCCACACACAUUUGGUUUUUUACUGUUUUUUAAGUUAUAAGUGGAUUUAACUAUACUAACAAUGUGCUCCAAGACCAAUGAACGGGCUACACGAGUCCAUGAACCAGGAAAGGUGUGCCGGGAGUUGCUUUACCUCAGGUCGAAGGUGCCAGUUCGUGAAGUUCCUGCCUUUACCUAUCAGGCUCUGCAGCCCAAUACGGUGGUAAAGCCUCCUCCAAAGAUCGAUAUCUUUAAGCGAAAGCCGGUGAAGGAGACGGUCUUUAAGAUCUACUUCAACCGCGGGGACAUUCCCUGCGUAAUGUCCGGCCGGAGCAGCAAACAGGAUCCGACCAAGGAACGUCCGGUGAAGUGGCACUGUGUGCCGGAGAAUCUCGACUACUGCUACUAUCUGCCCAUCUUCGUGGAUGGACUAGCCGACAUGGACUAUGACACUCGGCUCCUUGCCGUCAAUGGGGCCAUUGAUCUCAUCAUGAGGUCUCCGAAGAAGGUGCUUCCUGUGCUGCCCAAGCUGAUACUUCCGCUGAAACGGGCAUUCCAGACGCGCGACAAGCGGAUCAUCAUCUCCGCUCUACAGGUCAUUCAGCUGAUGGUCCGACUGGGUCCCUGUGUGGGUCAGGCCCUGGUUCCCUUUUACCGCCAAUUGCUGGCCGUGUGCAACCUGUACAAGAACAUCAAUGUAAACCUGGGAGAGGGGAUUGACCCCGAUCGCAACUGUCGCAUUGGCGACGUCAUCGAGGACACCCUGAAGCUGCUGGAAUAUUGCGGAGGUCCCAACGCUUUCAUCAAUAUCAAGUAUAUGGUGCCCACCUACGAGAGCAGCGUCUUCCCCAAAUGCGAAGCUCCCGAGCCCAGAGACUCUUAAGAUUUCCGCUUUCCAAUUCGUUUUUCAUCAGUUAGCGGUUUCAGUUAACGAACAUUUGCAAAAGAGUUUAACCUGCCAAAUUGAACAUUGUGAACUUUUAAAUCGGGGAUGAGUAAAAACCAAAUUUUAAACAGUA